GAUAAUGAAUUAUGUAACUGAGCAAAAUUUAAUUUUCAAAGGGUUAAGGAAAUUUCUGACAUAGGUUACUUUUUUAUAAAUUACAGUAAAUAUAAGCAAGUAAACAUAAAAAACUUAACCGAAAGAAAAUAUUAAUGCUUAGGAAGGACUAAUUUAGAACUGAAAUGAACAAGCAGAAAUGCUGAAAAUCAAUAAACAAAGGGCUUUGUCGCGAAGAGUUGAAAAAUGUAGAAGUAGAUUUAUAACUUUCAUUUGCUCUGUUAACUCUGUAUAAAUUAAUUUUUGCAAUAUUUAGUUGCUCUAGACGAGACAUUUUAACUUUCAAAACAUUUUGCAAUACUAAAAAUGGCUGCAAACGUUGAUUCUAAUGAAAUCAAAAAGUCUUCACCUGUAUCACCAAACCAAUUUGACAUUCAAUUAGUUUUUGAUGCAUUUUCCAAAUGUUGCGAAGAUGUUAAUGCAUUAAAUAUGGAACAGUACAUCAUUGCAUUUAGAGAAUUAUACAGGUUUUUCAUGCUCCUUGGUUCGGUUUUUGGUUUUGUAGCAUCAGAUAUCAUAAGUAAAGUAGACAUCUUGGAACAGUACAGAAGUUCAGAAAAUAAAAGUCAAUACACUACAAUUCAAUCUAUGAUUGAAUAUGAAAGUUCUACAGGUAUAACUGCAGAUAACAGUAAGCCUUCUGGAUCGAGAACCCUGUUGCGUCUUCAUAGAUCUCUUGAAUUCAUAAUGUCUUUUAUGUAUGAAUUUAGUGUAGCUAAAAAUGAUGAAAAGAGCUCAGCCAUUGCUCAAAAGUGUUAUAAAGAAACAUUGUCUAAGCAUCAUCCUUGGCUUAUACAAAAAGGUGCUGGCAUAGCUAUGUAUACUUUGCCAGCAAGACAGCAAUUUAUAGAAAAAGUUUAUGGUGGCCCAUGUGAAGAAGAAAUAAUAUUUUUUUAUGGAAAGUUAAUGGGUGACAUAGCAGCUGUAUCUAAAAAAGUUUAUGAAGAAACACAAAAAUUAUAUGAAGCUAAUGGCCUUUUAAAUCUACCUUGAUGUUAAUAAUUUUUAGAUAUUAAUUGUAGUGUAAAUAUUUUCUGUUAAAGUUACAUAUAUUUUUGUACAAUUUUUUUUAAUAUUAUUUUAAAUGCCAUUAAUAGUUUAAAGCAAUUUUAAAGAUAUGUUUAUAUUUUUAGACUAAAAGCAUUUUUGCUGUAUUCUGUUACGUUUGUUUGAGCCGAUAGACCUAUACAAUUUACUCAUUUGAUCAGAACUAAAAGCUAUAAUGCACAAAUAUAGAAUAAAUUGUUUUUAAAAAGGAUUACUUUUUAAAGUUUCGUAUUUACACUGAAAUAAAAACGUGUGGACUUUAUUAUUUAACUUAGAGUAUUUUGUGUGAGUUUUAAUUAUUAAACUUGAGGCAUUUCUGUGAAAAUUGUAAGAUGUACAAUAAUUUUGAAGCUAAAUAAAAUAUAUGUGUCACUCAGAUAAAAAUUUGGGUUUGUAAGC